GCCGCCCUAUGGCACCAAUCACGGCCAGUUAUGAUACAGUUUGCUCAUCAAAUAUCUUCUGCAAUGACCACAUUCGUUAACGUGAUUGCCUGCACGAAAAUCCAAUUUACUCGUGAUUCUGGCGUCUUAUUUUAUUUUCUCAUUAUAUGUGUAUUUGCUCACACAGCCACAUAGAUACAUUAGAAACACGUAGAGUUAACAUAAUCAGAAUAUCUCCAUACUCAGUAACUUGUUUGGUAGGAUCAGACGUUUUUGAUUUAAAUUGCAAUUGACAGUUUGCCCUGUAACGUCUGCUUCCAACUCACACUCUCAAACACGUAGAUCCCCUGAAUGCAGCUCACUCUCCACACCACAAUCACCUGAAUUCUAAUCACCUGUAUGUCAUUAUCAUACACUAUUUAGUUCAGUUCUUUGCACCCCAUCACUGAGGUAUUGUUUGUUUUGUGACACGCUCUGUUUUUCCCGUGAUUUACUCCUCCCGUGUAUGAUCGUUUUUGCCUGCCUCACUAACGACGACUUUUGCAUAUUCCCUGCCUGUUCCUUAGCCUAUCGGAUUUCCUGUUAUCAACAUAUGAUCUCCCGGACGAUGUUACUAGCCUUUUCCCUGCCUGUACUGUUGCGCUUUUGGACUCCCUGUGUAUGACCUUCUGCCUGCCCCUGGACCCAGCUACCUGCCUCCUCCUGUGGUCCUUUACAAUAAACACCUGCUGCGCCCUGUGCUUGAAACCAGCUCUGUCUCCCCUCGUGUUCAUUACAUAACCCGUUUGGAUGUGUCACAAUAUCAAUUGAUAUAGCAUAGGUAUUAUCUUCCUCCUUUCACUUAAAAUGGAGGAAAAUCAUCAUCACCUUCACCACUUUUACACACAGAGCAUGUUUUCACUAUAUGGUCGUUCCUUUCGGUCAUGACAGGUGAACACAUUCUACAGUGUCUGUGUUCUUGCCAACAGAUCAACUGCUCUGAUAAAUCUUGAAAAAUGGAUAUCUUUUAAAUAUGUGCGACUUAAUUACCACCAUGAGGAUGUUAGAUAGCAGAUAGACUUAACAAAGGGAAUUAAUGAUUGCGGGAAUAGGAAUAUUAGUUGUAUUAAUUAGGUAGGCCAGCUAAAAUAUUUAAAUCUCCACAAAGAGCUUUGAAUAACUAGGACACGGCCAGAGGCUCUUUCCCUGUCUUUCCCUCUCUCUCACUCCCCUCUCUUUCUCUCACGUUCUCUCUCCCCCUCUCACUCAUUUGAUGUCUGACACGAUGCUCUUAGUAGGAGCAGCCAAUGAAAUGUGGAUUCCUUCAUUCAGGGAGCAGAAGGAGUUUAACUGAGAAUUAGGGAUAACUAAUGGCUGCUUCUAGCCAAGCUGUAAAAUGUAUUCCCUUGCCACAAGGCUAAUAGGCUACACAGGGGAUGGAACACGCAGGGACAGAGUAGAGAAUUCCUCUUGGAAUUAUUAUGAAGAUUCUGACUUACAUGUUAACUGUUCUCUAGGUGGUCUUAAUUGGCUUUGGUGCCAAUCACUAUUUUGAACCUGAACAACUGUUGACCUCAGUGUUUUACCUGUUCCUUGAUACCCAACUGCACUCCAGGUGCCCUUCAGGUUUUCCCCUCCACCCCAGGCAGGCCUGUAACCGCCAUGAUGAGCAGCUCAUCCAGCCCAGCUGAGUUCUACAAGGACAGCACCUCCCUCCUGUCCAUAGACUCCAGUGUCUUCUACAGCGAGCCCCCUCCUGUCUGUGGCGACCCACUGGAUGUCUUCACCAUCAAUGUGGGUGGCAGCCGCUACGUUCUCUCCCAGGAGCUGCUGGCAUCCCACCCAGAAACCCGGCUGGGCAAGCUGGCCCUGUCCACACGGGACUCUGCCCAAGAGCUCUGCGACGACACUGACUUCCUGGAGAAUGAGUUCUUCUUCGACCGCAACUCACAGACCUUCCAGUAUGUGAUAAACUUCUACCGCACAGGCCACUUGCAUGUCAGGGAGGAGCUUUGCGUGCUCUCCUUCCUCCAGGAGAUUGAGUACUGGGGCAUCGACGAGCUCUGCAUCGAUCCCUGCUGCCGGGGACGCUACUACCGCCGCAAGGAGCUCAAGGAGAGCCUGGACAUGCGGAACGAGGCUGAGGCUGACGAAAGCCAGGACGAAGACUUCAACGAUGCCGCGUGCCCAGAUCUCCGCCGGCGCCUGUGGGACCUGCUGGAGAAGCCAGAGUCUUCACGAGCGGCACGCGCCUUCGGCACGCUGUCAAUCAUCUUCGUGGCGGUAUCCAUUGUCAACAUUGUGCUCAUCUCGCUGGACCUGGGGGAUGUGGGUGGGAACGGUGACGAGAGUGGGGGCACUGACAGGGGUACACCUUUCUUCGUGGAUGCACUGGAAUAUGUGUGCGUGGUGUGGUUCACUGGCGAGCUGGUGCUACGCUUCAUCUGCGUACGCGACAAGUGCCGCUUCACCCGUAGCGUUCCCAAUGUGAUCGACCUGCUAGCCAUCCUGCCCUUCUAUGUGACUCUGGCAGUUGAGAUUCUGCACGGUGGCUCUACAGAGCUGGAGAACAUGGGACGCGUGGUGCAGUUGCUCAGGCUCAUGAGGUCCCUGCGCAUGCUCAAACUGGGACGCCACUCCACAGGCCUCAAGUCCCUGGGCUUGACCAUCACCCAGUGCUACGAGGAGGUGGGUCUCCUGCUCCUCUUCCUCUCCGUGGGCAUCUCCAUCUUCGCCAUGGUGGAGUUUGCCCUGGAGCAUGACAUCCCCGGUACCUCCUUCAGCAGCGUGCCGUGUGCCUGGUGGUGGGCCACCACCUCCAUGACCACGGUGGGCUACGGAGACAUCCGCCCCGACACCACCCUGGGCAAGGUGCUGGCCUUUCUCUGCAUCUUGUCUGGAAUCCUCAUCUUGGCACUGCCCAUUGCUAUCAUCAACGACCGCUUCUCUGCCUGCUACUUCACUCUCAAGAUGAAGGAGGCGGCGCUGCGGCACGGGGAGGCGCUCAAGAGGCUGGCGCGGGGUUCGCUGGGUGACUCUGAGGUGGGUGGGGCAGCAAGGGGAGGAGGGGUGAACCUGAGAGAUGUUUACGCCAGGAGUGUGACGGAGAUGCUGAAGCUGCAGGGGAGGGAGAGGGCCAGCACACGGAGUAGUGGAGGGGGUGAGCUCUGGUGGUAGUGUGGAAGACGGACCACAAGGGCAGCUGUGGAGAAAAAGCUAUGGAAAAAGUGAAGUCAAUUGGGUUCAAGAAGGAAUCUGAAGUUGGGGGAAACAACAACAUUGGCUGCUCCACCACUGUUGUUUUUGUUGCUGAGCUGAGGAGCAUUGCGAAUCGUGGUAAAUAUUUUAAUCGGUUCAUACUGUGCUCUUUUAUCGCACGUGCAAUGAUGUCAGAGGGGGAAAAACAUUGGAAGCGGACGUGGUUGUUUCACCAUUAAGGAUUCCAGCUUUAGGAAUACCAUCAGAAUAUGACAAAAGUGUGUACAAUGUAUAGGACAUAUCUAAAGGAUGAUGGGGGGACAAUUACUUAAAUGUCACCUGAAAGAUUUGCCACAACUUUCAUGUCUAACCUUUUUCGGUGUUGUGUUCUCUGACACAACUGUGGCAUGUUCUGUCUCCUCUGUAUGACACAUGACCAUCUGAUCAUUUAUCACUCCAGUGUUAAUCUGCAAAAUUGUAAUUAUUCGCCUACCUCCUCAUGCCUUUUGCACACAAUGUAUACAGACUAUUUUUUUCUACUGUGUUAUUGACUUGCUUAUUGUUUAUUCCAUGUAUAACUGUGUUGUUGUCUGUUCACACUGCUAUGCUUUAUCUUGGCCAGGUCGCAGUUGUAAAUGAGAACUUGUUCUCAACUAGCCUACCUGGUUAAAUAAAGGUUAAAUACAAAAUGUUUUUUUUUUAAGUGUCACAUAGACGGGAUGUACAGUAUAGACUGAAUUAUAGACUGAAUGAUAUUGUGUUUGAUAUUUCAAAACUUUUCUCCACUGAAAGAUGCAGUAUGUUGUGGUGUAUAGAAAAACAUGAUUUCAUUGGAGAGCAAUAAACAGAUUGGACUUCUUCUUCACCCCGAUCUCUUUUACCUGCGGGGUCACUGUGAAAUACCUUAAGGGCGCUGGGAGGCGGAGUCUCCGAGUCAAGUCUGAAUGCAGAGCACACACAAAUAUCCUGAACUGGUUAAAGUAAUUCCACAGGGUAGGUUUAACAGAGCAAAUUAAACGUGGCCAUACUUUAUCAAUCAUUUAACAUCAGUGAUACUAUUGAGGCCUGUAUAGCAUUUUGGAGGUCAUCCAACGCUAUUGUUUGAACUAAAUAUAGGCAAAUAUAGGCUGAGGGUUUCAAGCUAUGAUUGAUUUCAAAUGGAAUUUUGAUAAUAAUAUAAUUACAAUAUAUGUUGGAUUCAGGUCUGUGGAGAUCUUCACAAUUGCUGUAAUAAUCUGUUUAGAAUCUCAAAAAGCUCUGACCACUUGCACCAUGUAUUUAAAUAAUCUCAAUUGCAAUCCAGGUCAUUUGGUUGUGUUAGUA